AUGAUCGUGGCCCAGCUUGCCGUGCCAGAGGAGCACCGGCGGUUUGGCUUCGGCAGCACGCUGCUGAAGUGCCUCAUCGCUGAGGCCAAGCGGCUCCCGGAGGUCCACACGGUCGGGCUUUCGUCGCUGCCCUCUGCAGUGAAGUUUUACAGGCGCCACGGCUUCAAACUUGUACAGCGUUUGCCCAAUACAGAGGACACGGUAACUGACCAGUUCUUUAUGCAGCUCAAGACACCGGGCAAGAAGAAGCUGGACGCCACAAAUUUGCUGCUGGAGGAACUCCAGGAAUGCUGGUUGAUCGGCGUGGAUUUGGGCCAGGGAUCCUGCCAGGAGGAGACCAAGACUCAGUCUGAAGGUUCCACGGAGGUGCCGGAGGACGAGAAGCUGGAGACCCUCGAGACCGUCGAGUCGCCGGAGGCGGAGGCGUGGGAGACCUUGCUGUGGCUGGACUUGAAGCCCGCGGCUGAGCGGGCGGACCCUAAGAAGCGCCUGGUGCUGGAGCAGAUCACCGCGCUGGGGGAGGACAUCUUCUCCGAGGACCCCCUCAGCGGCUGCUCCAAGCGAGGUGGGUGGCGGAUCCACAUUGCCGCGGGCCAGCUCGGGGAGCGGGUGGAGCUCAUGGGCUUCGUGGUCUUUCGGGUCAAACCGGAGAAGCAGUCGCUGAUCAUCGCGCAGCUGGCCGUGCCCGAGGCGCACCGGCGGCACGGCUUCGGGAGCUGGUUGCUGAAGACGUUGGUGGCGGAGGCCAAGCGCCUGCCGCAGGUGCAGACGGUGGGCCUGUCCUCCUUGCCAGGGUCCGUCAAGUUCUACAAGCGCCACGGCUUCAAGUUGCUCCACCGGCUCCCGGACAACGAGGCCAAGGCGGAGGGCCAGGUCUACAUGGAGCUCAGGACUCCAGGCAAGAAGAAGUGA